AUGUCAAAAAUGAAGAAAUUAACGGGCUCAUUUCGCUACACGCAAUGGGAUCCUUGUCUUAUAAUUUCUCAAAUUAUGGCAAUGCAGUUUGUUUUGUAUCUCUCACUCAGUCUCAUAAUAGCUAUAAUGCAAGAUUUGACUUCUUCCACUAGGACUCUGGAUCAUUUGUUUGAGUAUCAUGAAAUACAUGUUAAAGACAAUGAGGGAAGAGCGAUUAUAACAGCUUUUGUGAUCAAUGCUAUUAUCGGGUCAUUCAUGCUCUGGAUGCUAGUCGGAAGAACAAAAUUGUGCUUGGACUUUAGUUGCACCUUCUACGGUAUACAUUUACUUUUCUGCUGGGUGUACAAUGGAUCGUUUCCCACGACAUUCUCCUGGUGGGCGCUGAAUAUAGCUUGUGCGGCUAUAACAUGCGUCGCUGGUGAAUUUCUAUGUCUCCGUACCGAAUUGCAAGCUAUUCCGCUGAGCAAUAUCGGUGCUAAGGUGGACUUAUGA